AUGAAUACCAUUAAAAACCAUUACAACUACACAGGAAGGCUGGACAAUCGGGAUGAGACCUCUGGAGGUCAUCUAGCUUCCGAAAAAGUGGUGUUUUUGGUGAUAUGCAGCUUCACAGUCCUGGAAAACUUGAUAGUCCUGAUAGUGAUAUGUAAAAACCACAAGUUUCACAGCCGCAUGUACUUCUUCAUCGCCAACCUGGCACUGUGUGACCUGCUGUCUGGAGUGACAUACUGUGUGAACUUGUUGAUGUCUGGUGAAAAGACUUGGAACCUAUCGACAGGACAGUGGUUUGUCCGUGAGGGAAGCGUAUUUGUAGCGUUGGGUUCGUCCAUUUUUAGCCUGCUGGCCAUCGCAAUCGAGAGGCAUCUCACCAUGAUUAAGAUGAGGCCUUACAAUUCCAGUAAGAACUACAGGGUUUUCCUGCUGAUAGGAACGUGCUGGCUGAUCGCGGUGGCUUUCGGAGCUCUGCCCAUCCUGGGCUGGAACUGCCUGGGCAACCUGCCAGACUGCUCAACCAUUUUACCGCUUUACUCAAAGAAGUAUGUUGCGUUCUGCAUCAGCAUCUUCAUCUUUCUGUUGCUGGCCAUCUCCGCCCUGUACGCCCGUAUUUUUGUCCUAGUCCAAUCCAGCAGCCGAAAGGUGACGAAGAACAACAACUCUGCUCACUCCAUGGCUCUGCUGAGGACGGUCGUUAUCGUCGUCGGGGUUUUCAUCGCCUGCUGGACGCCUCUCUUCGUCCUUCAGCUCAUCGAUGUCGCCUGUAAGCCCAAGCACUGUCCUAUCCUGCUUAAAGCUGAUUGGUUUGUCGCGCUUGCUGUUUUAAAUUCAGCCGUCAACCCGGUAAUUUACACGCUGGCGAGCAGGGAGAUGCGGCAGGCGUUUUUCGGGCUGCUCUGCAGCUGUACGCUGAGGCAGGACAAUGAAGAUGGAAGUAAAUCUAAAGGCUCAAGUCAGAGUCAGAAACCAGCAGAAGAACUAGAUAAAACUGAAACUGGGUAACUUAUCCGUCACAGAGAGACUAAGGGUGACUCCUUAGAACCAGAGGUAAACCAAGACUCCAG